GAAACUACAAGACGAUACUCCAUAAAGAUAUAAGGGACAAAUUAAUAUCGACAUUCGUGUUUAAGCAGAGUUGACAUCCCUCUGCAAACAUGGCUUCAACCAACCAAGGUGGAUUAAAACGAGAUGAAAAGGGCAGAAACAUCCAAGUUGUUGUCAGAUGCAGACCUUUCAACACGACGGAGCGUAAGUCGUCGUACGGCGUCAUCGACUGCGACUCCAACAGGAAGGAGGUUCUGGUGAGGACGGGAGGCAUGAACGACAAGGCUUCCAGAAAGACCUACACCUUCGAUAUGGUUUUCGGUCCGGCAGCAAAGCAGAUCGAUGUCUACAGAAGCGUCGUCUGUCCGAUCCUGAACGAGGUCAUCAUGGGAUACAACUGCACCGUUUUUGCCUACGGUCAGACAGGAACAGGAAAGACUUUCACCAUGGAAGGAGAGAGGAGUCCAAACGAGCAGUUCACCUGGGAGGAG